AUGGUUUGUUUGAAGAUUGGUUUGUUGAGUUCAUUUCUUCUUCUGCUGUGCUUUUCUUCUUUCAUUCCGAAAGUGUCUUGUCUGAGCUCUGAUGGGGUGGCUCUGCUGUCACUCCAGAGGCACUGGGAUUCCGUGCCUCCUUCCAUAAGCUCUUCAUGGAAUGCUUCUCAUUCCACUCCUUGCUCAUGGGUAGGAAUCGAGUGUGACAAUACCCACAAUGUGGUUUCCUUAAACCUCUCAAGUUCUGGAAUUUCUGGUCAAAUUGGACCUGAAGUUGGUCACUUGAAGCAUUUGCAGGUUCUUGAUUUGAGCAUAAACAGCUUCCAUGGCUCAAUUCCACAAGAUUUGGGAAAUUGUACUCUUCUUGAGAGCCUGUCCUUGAUUUCAAAUUCACUAACUGGAGAAAUACCCACUACCCUCAAAAGCAACUUGCAAAACUUGAGGCUUAUUGAGUUGUAUUACAAUUCUCUGUCUGGUCAAAUUCCUGAAUCCUUAUUUCAAAUUCCAAAUUUAGAAGAAUUGUAUUUGAGCUAUAACAAGUUGGGUGGCUCAAUCCCUUCGAAUGUUGGGAAUGCGAGCAGUCUUGUAAUGCUGUAUUUACAAGGCAACCGGUUAUCCGGGGCGAUCCCUUCAUCCAUUGGAAACUGUAGUGAGUUGUUGGAACUUGCCUUGGAUCAAAAUCAAUUGACCGGGCUUUUGCCGGAUAGCUUGAGGAACCUCAAGAACCUUACGUAUUUACAUGUCGGAAAUAAUCGCCUUUCGGGUAGAAUUCCUCCGGGACUAGGCGAUUGCAAGAACUUAUUGUUCUUGGAUGUGUCAUACAAUAGUUUCAGUGGAGGCCUUCCUCCGAGUUUGGGCAAUUGUAGUAGUUUGUCUGAGUUUGGUGCUGCAAGAAGUAACUUAGUGGGCAGUAUUCCAUCUUCCUUUGGCCAACUAGAUAAUCUAGAACUUCUUCAUCUUCCCGAGAACCGUUUAUUGGGGAAAAUACCAUCUGAGCUUGGGAAUUGUAGAUCCUUGAGAGAAUUACAGUUGUAUACAAACCUACUUGAGGGGGAAAUUCCCAUGGAGUUGGGAUUGCUUACUAAGUUGCAGGACCUUAGUCUGUUUAACAAUCGUUUAACUGGUGAAAUACCACUUGGUAUAUGGAAGAUUCCGACUCUUGAGCAGAUCCUUGUGUAUAAUAACAGUCUUUAUGGGGAGCUACCUCCGGAAAUGACGGACCUAAAGCAACUAAAAAAUGUUUCUUUGUUUGACAACCGAUUCUCCGGAAGCAUACCUCAGAACUUGGGAAUUAACAGCAGCUUAGAGCAGUUGGAUUUCACUAAUAAUAAGUUCCGCGGCAAAAUCCCUCCAAAUCUUUGCUUUGGAAAGCGAUUGAGAUUGCUGAAUAUGGGUCGUAAUCGUUUAGAAGGUAGCAUGCCUUCACAACUCGGAAGUUGUUUCACUCUCAGGAGGCUAAUCCUCAAGCAGAAUUACCUAACAGGGGUUCUUCCAGAGUUUUCAAAGAAUCCAAACCUUUUUUUCAUGGAUGUAAGCUUGAACAGAAUUUCCGGAUCAAUCCCAUCAAGCUUGGGAAACUGCACCAACAUUGCUUCUAUCAAUUUGUCCAUGAACAAGUUCACGGGAUCCAUACCCGCACACCUCGGGAAUCUUCUACAGCUUCAGAGUUUGAUUCUUUCUGGCAACAACUUGGUGGGUUCUUUGCCGUCUCAGCUUUCAAAUUGCACCAAGCUAGGUGAGUUUGACGUUGGAUUCAAUUCACUGAAUGGUUCCAUACCAUCGAAAUUUAGGAGCUGGACGGAGAUAACCACAUUUAGUUUGAGUGAAAACCAUUUUACUGGUGGCAUUCCAUCAUUUUUGUUCGAGUUUGGGAAGCUUUUAGUGCUAGAACUUGGUGGAAAUCCUCUCGGAGGAGAGAUUCCUGCUACUAUUGGAGCAUUUAAACAUCCUUUUCUUUUAUUGAAUCUCAGCAAUAAUGGGUUGAGAGGGAAACUUCCUUCAGAAAUUGGAAGGAUCAGCCUUGAGCGAUUGGAUAUAUCUCAUAACCACUUGACUGGAAGUUUAAAACCUCUUGGGGACAUAGUUUCAUUAUUGCAAGUCAAUGUUGCAUACAAUGAUUUCGCAGGAACUUUACCAGAAACAUUGAUAAAGUUCCUGCAUUCUUCUUCAACUUCUUUUCUGGGAAACUCCGGUUUGUGCGUCAGUUGCCUUGCAUCAAACGGUUCAAGUUGCAGCGAAAACGGCAUUUUACAGCUUUGCGCCUACCCAUCAAGCAAAGGGAACGGCUUAAGCAGAAUACAAAUUGCAAUGAUUGUCCUUGGAUCCAUUGUUGUUCUUGUUAUUAUUUCCGGGCUGCUUUUUAUGCUUUCCUUAUCCAGAAGAUCAAAGCAGAAGAUAAAGAUCUCAGCACCAGUAGGGCCAUCUUCCUUACUCAGCAAAGUGAUGGAAGCUACAGAAAAUCUGAAAGAUGGGUAUGUUAUAGGGAGAGGUGCCCAUGGUACUGUUUAUAAAGCUUCCCUUGGUCCAGAUGAAGUUUUUGCUGUAAAGAAGCUUAUGAAUGUGGGAACUAAUGGGGCAAGUCUCAGCAUGAUAAGGGAAAUUGAAACUCUAGGGAAGAUCAGGCACCGGAAUCUGGUCAAGCUGGAAGAGUUCUGGUUAAGAAAGGACUAUGGUUUAAUCUUGUAUAGGUACAUGCAAAAUGGCAGCCUACAUGAUGUUUUACACGAAAUGAAUCCACCACCAAUACUAGAGUGGAGUGUUCGCUAUAAUAUAGCUAUUGGAACUGCACAUGGACUGGCUUAUCUCCAUUUUGACUGUGAUCCUGCUAUAGUACAUCGAGACAUCAAACCGAAGAACAUACUCUUGGAUUCUGAGAUGGAGCCGCAUAUUGCUGAUUUUGGAAUCGCGAAUCUUUUGGAUCAGUCUUCCUCUUCAACACUGUCUAUCUCCGUUCUUGGAACCAUUGGAUACAUUGCACCAGAAAAUGCAUUUACAACAACAAGGAGCAAGGAGUCCGAUGUGUACAGUUAUGGGGUUGUUUUGCUUGAGCUCAUAACAAGAAAGAUGGCAGUGGAUCCGACACUAACCGAGGCAACUGAUAUUGUGAGCUGGGUUAGAUCUUUGUGGAGCAAUGCAACAGAUAUCAAUGAGAUUGUCGAUUCAGGCCUUGAAGGUGAACUGUUGGAUUCGAGAAUUGAGGAACAAGUUGUUGAUGUUCUUCUUGUGGCCUUGAGAUGUACCGAAAAGGAUCCGAGCAAACGACCCACCAUGAGAGAAGUUGUCAAUCAAUUACUAGUUAGUUGUCCUCACCGCACACAAAGCUCGAAAAGCUACUCUUAGAGGCUUCCUCUUUGAUUGCCUUAGCUUUGCUGUGGAUGUUUACCCAGUAAGUGUAGUUGUAUAUAUAGCUACUGUUUUAUGCAAUAUUGAAGAGGAACCAAUCCCUCCCAUAUUAUCUACUU